AUGGCAGUGCUUCUUCUUCUCACUCUCCUGUCUCUCUCCUCCCCAAUCCUUUCCCUCUCAAAAUCUAUAAACAUCGACUGUGGAGCAUCAGAAUCCUACUUGGACUCCGACAAAGUAAAAUUAUGGGCCGGAGACAAAGGCUUCACCACCACCGGUAAGUCAUUCGGAAAUAGUCUAAAGAAUCCGCUCAACACCCUCCGGUUCUUCCCCUCAGGUAAUAAAAAUUGCUACAGCAACAUUCCGGUGACAAAAAGCCGUAAAACACUCGUUAGAACAUUGUUUUUCUACGGGAACUACGACGAUCGUUCCUCGGCGCCCUCUUUCGACGUUGUUUACGACGGGAAACACCGUGACAAUGUUGUAUUUACUAAUGUGUCGCAGCUCAAUAAUAGGGCGAUUUUUAUAUCGGAGGUGAUAUAUUUUCCGGCCAGUGAGGAUAUCAGCGUUUGCCUCAUCCGUACGUCUAAGUCAGAUGUUCCUUUUAUAUCUUCCAUUGAAGUUUACGGUUUGGAUGCUGACAUGUACGACGGUGUUGGACCUGACGAAGGUCUCCUCCGCAGAAAUCUAGAUCUGUAUGGUUUCAAAAACGUUAAAAGGGACACAUUCGGUAGGUUAUGGUUCCCGUUAGAGCCCAACGACACAGGAUACACCGAGUUAAAAACCUUAGCCCCAUCGAUUGACAUCACCGGGGUCCCCAAUAAACCCCCCGCAAAUGUUAGGCUUUGUCGCAAGAUACCAUAA